CGUCACCUUGAGCAACUUCACCAAAGAUUGUACGAAAACUGGUCCGGGAAUCGAGUCGGUUUAGGAUUAUUCUUUUUUGCAUGACAGAUGUGAUUCGCGGAGGCAAGGAAACAGACUCGAUUCGCGUCGUUUUUUAUUCGAUAACACACCUGCAGCGUAAGUACUUGACGUCCGUUCCGAUCGAGGAGUGCCAGUCCACGCUCCCACAGGCAUUGGAGAUUGCGAAACAUCGUAAGGCACUCGUGAAGCAGCUCGACCAGCUGCUGAAGAAGGGGAAAUCGACCAUGUAUAGUCUUGCUGUUUUUGUCAUGCGUGAGGACUGUGAUUGUUUUUUGUCAUGCAAAAAAAAACCAUCUCAUGAAAAUUAUACACCAUCACUCUUUCCACAGGUUUGACCUUGUGAAGGUAUUGGC